UGCCCAAAUAGCCACCCAAACACACACACACACACAUGCAUAUGUUGCAUCAAGUUGCAUUACGUGUAUUCGAUUUGAACCAAAAAGAAAAAUAUUUUGGGUAAAAAAAAUGGAACAACAAGAACAGCAACAAGGUGAACAAAAAUUAUCGAAAAAUGCAUUGAAAAAAGCGAAAAAAGAUGCCGAAAAAGCUGCGAAAAAAGCCGAAGCAGCACAAAAACGUGCCGAAACACAACAACAACAACAAUCAGAUGCUAAUGUUGAAGAUUAUGCAAAAGAUAAUUAUGGUCAAUCGCCAAUGAUACGGUCGACGGAAAAAAAUUUGGAUCGUAAAUUCACCAAUGUUGAUAUGAUUGAUGAAUCGCUAGCUGAUCAAACAAUAUGGAUUCGUGGACGUCUUCAUACUAGUCGUGCUGUUGGUAAACAAUGUUUUUUUAUUAUUCGUCAACAACAAUCAACAUUACAAUGUUUAUUAUCGGUUAAUGAACAUUCAAGUAAACAGAUGGUUAAAUUUGUUGGAUCGAUUACAAAAGAAUCAAUAAUUGAUGUUUUUGGUUUGAUUAAAAUAUCACCAACAAAAAUUGAAAGUUGUUCACAACAAAUGGUUGAAUGUUCAGUACAGAAAAUCUUUGUUGUUAGUGCUGCUGAACCAAUGUUGCCAUUAUUAAUUGAUGAUGCAUCACGUCCUGAACAUGAAUUAGUUGAUGGCUUGUCGACUGUCAACCAGGAUGUUCGCCUGGAUAAUCGUGUAUUGGAUCUUCGUACCGCAACAAAUCAAGCAAUAUUUAAACUUGAAGCCGGUGUUGUUCAUAUUUAUCGUCGUUCAUUGGAAAAACGUGGUUUUGUUGAAAUUCAUACACCGAAAAUUAUAUCGGCUGCAAGUGAAGGUGGUGCAAAUGUAUUUGAAGUUAGUUAUUUUAAAGGUUCUGCAUAUUUGGCACAAUCACCACAAUUUUAUAAACAAAUGGCUAUCGCUGCUGAUUUUGAUCGUGUAUUCACUAUUGGUUCUGUAUUUCGUGCUGAAGAUUCAAAUACACAUCGUCAUCUUUGUGAAUUUGUUGGUUUGGAUUUUGAAAUGGCAUUCAAAUAUCAUUAUCAUGAAGUUUUGGAUAUGAUUGGUGAAUUAUUUGUCGAACUGUUUAAAGGAUUACAACAAGAAUAUCAGAAAGAAAUUCAAACAAUAAAUCGACAAUUUCCAUGUGAACCAUUUAAAUUUCUUGAACCAUCAUUACGUAUUAAUUUUGCUGAAGGUGUUCGUCUUUUACGUGAAAAUGGUAUCGAAAUGAGCGAUGAAGAAGAUCUUAGUACUGCCAAUGAAAAAUUAUUGGGCAAAAUUAUUCGUGAAAAAUAUGAUACUGAUUUUUAUAUUUUGGAUAAAUUUCCAUUAGCUAUUCGUCCAUUUUAUACGAUGCCUGAUCCGGAUAAUUCGAAAUAUUCCAAUUCUUAUGAUUUAUUUAUGAGAGGUGAAGAAAUUAUGUCCGGUGCACAACGUAUACAUGAUUCAGAAUUUCUGCUUGAACGUAUCAAACAUCAUGGAAUUGAUCCAAACAAAAUGAAAUCCUAUAUUGAUUCAUUUCGUUAUGGUGCACCACCACAUGCAGGUGGUGGUAUUGGUCUGGAACGUGUUACAAUGUUAUUUUUAGAUAUACGUUUGGAAUGUCGACAAACAAAUGCAAGUAUUUUAAUGACUGAUAUUGAAAAUUUACAACGUUGUACACGAAAUUCUACAAUUAUAAACCUGAUGGAACUAUCGGUUAAAGAUUCAAAUCUAACACAUCUUUAUAAUCUACCAAGCGGGCUGUAUAAUGUACAGAAAAUGUUUCUUGAUAAUACUGGUAUUGAUUUGGAAACAUUACGUGAAAGUCAUGAAUUACUUAAAUCACUUCGUGUUUUACGUAUUAGUAAUGAAAAUUAUACUGAAAUUCAACGAAAUCUUUUUAAUGGAAUGGAAGAGCUAAAAGAAUUAUCAUUUAAUCAACUUGGUAUGGCUUAUAUUAAUGUUGAAGCAUUUGUAUCAUUACAAGAUUCAUUAACCUUAUUGGAAUUACGUUCGAAUAAAAUUCGUACAGUACCAACUGCUGUACAAAGUUUAUCACAUUUAGAAUGUUUAGACCUGAGUGAUAAUGAUAUUAAAUCAGUUACAGAUGGUAAUACUGGGAUAUUUAGUUCAGGGUUAAGACGUUUAAAACGUUUAGGAAUUAAUACAAUGAAUUGUUCAUGUGAAUUUGGCCAAAGUAAAUUUGCAACAUGGUUACGAACACAUGGUAUUAAAGGUGUUCGGUGUUCGAUGCCCGAAAGAUUUCGUGGUAAAGAUGUUUCGAAUACAGCUAUUGAUGAAUUUUGUGAAUCAUGGCCAAGUAAUUCUUGCUAUAGCAGUGUUUUCAAAUUCAAUUUCUGUUCAACAACAAUAAUUAUUCUAAUUUUGAUUACAUUAACAUUGUUUGAUUGGUGAAUAAAAAUGAAAAUUAUGA